GCUUUGGAGGAAACCAAGGCGGGCGUUUUCCAGCUCCACCACAUAAGAACUUUGGAGGCAACCAAGGUGGGUGGUCCCCAGCCCAACAAAAAAUCUCUGGAGGUAACCAAGGAGGCUGGCCUUCUGGAGGUCAGAAGAGCUUCGGCGGUAACCAGGGGGGCUGGCCCUCUGGAGGUCAGAAGAACUUUGGAGGUAACCGGGGAGGCUGGCCCUCUGGAGGCCAGAAGAACGUUGGCGGAAACCAAGGGGUAUGGUCGGCUGAGCCCCAGAAGAAUUUCGGAAGGAAUCAGGAUGGAUGGUCCGAUGGUUCUCAGAAGAGCUUCGGCGGAAACCAGGGAGGAUGGUCCAAUUCGCCUCAAAAGAACUUCGGCGGGAACCAAGGCGGAUGGUCUGCUGCCCCUCAGAAGAGCCAAGCUGGAAACCAAGGAGGAUGGUCUGACUCCUACCAGGGAAAAGGCGCUUACCAAGGCUCUGCGGGGAAAAGCUUUGGACAAGGUCAUCAAGGAGGUCAUGGGGGGAGCUAUAGAGGAAACCACGGAAACCUUGGUGCCAUGAUUCACGGAGGAUCGUACGGUGGUGGUAAACAGGUAGAAACGUCAAGUUACUCUGGAACAAUUCAUCACGUUGCUCCAGCCAAGUCCUAUGGAGGUGGCGAUCACAGCAAAGGUGGCGGUAGUGAGGGAUGGAACCAAGGAGGAAAUCAGAGAAGCUGGGACAACCAGGGCAGCAACCAAGCUGGUUGGAGCGCGGCUGGUUCCCAAAAACAAGGAAACCAAGGUUGGGACAAUUCUGGAGGAAGUCAAGCUGAAUGGACUCAGGGCGGAAAUCAGAGUGGAUGGAGCCAAGGUGGUAGUAAUAGUGGUACUAAUCAAGGGGGAUGGGCUCAGGCCGGAAGCCAGGCAGGUGGCCAUGGAGGAAAUCAAGGUGGAUGGACUCAAGGCAGCAAUACCCAGGGGGGGUGGAGUCAGGGCGGUAACCAGAAAUCACAAGG